UUCGCCCUUAUAAGACACCUCCCAAUUUCAGCAACUCUUUCCUGCAAAGCCACUCUCCUCCUCUCCAUCGCCGCCGUAUCCUCCGGCCGUCCGUCCGAUUCGCCGCCGAUGGAGAACAUUCUCGACGAGUAUCGGUAUUACUGGGAAACGAAUAUGUUCCUGCAGACGGAAGAAUUCGACAGUUGGGGAUUGGAUGAAGCAUUUUACGGUUCUUACGAUUCGAGCUCGCCGGACGGAACGUUAUCAUCGUUAGAAGCGUCGAAGAACAUCUUAUCAGAGAGGAAUCGGAGGAAGAAGCUCAACGAUAGGCUUCUUGCUCUCAGAGCUGUGGUCCCUAAUAUCACCAAAAUGGACAAGGCGUCGAUAAUAAAAGACGCGAUCGAGUACAUUCAAGAGCUCCGAGCGCAAGAGAAGAGAAUCGAAUCGGAGAUUUCAGACCUCGAAUCAGGCAAAAUCAAUAACACAGCAACAAAUGACGACGACGACGGCGGAAACGGCAAUCGAAUCUCUAGGAAGAGGAGAACGAAGAAUUGUAAUCGGCGAGUAGAAGAGAAGUCGCCGUCGUCAUUCCCGAUCGAAAUUCUCGAUUUGAACGUGAAUUACAUGGGGGAGAAGACGAUGGUAGUGAGUAUGACAUGUGAAAGAAGAAACGACGCCAUAUUGAAAGUUUGUCAAGUGAUUGAAUCGCUGAAACUCAAGAUUAUUGCGGUCACCGUCGUUGCCAACAGGCUUCUCAACACGCUCUUCCUUGAGGCAGAGAGAGCAGAGGAAGAGGAACUUAAGAUAAAAAUAGAAACAGCAAUUGCAGCAAUUAGUGAUCAACAAAAUCCUAUGAGCAUUUGAUAAAUCCCAUAGGACUUCUUUUGUGGCUCAACUUUGUCAUCUAAUUAUUUUUUCUAUUAGAGUUGUUUCUCUUUGUUCUCUCUCUCUAGCUCUUUUUCUUUUGGAAAAGAAAUCAUAAAAAAUAUUCUCUUCCUCACCCAAUCAAAGAAAUAAAAGAG